AUGGAUUCCAUGGCAAAAUUAAUUGGUUAUAAUCAUACCUUUUCGAGUGUCUACCAUUCACAAAGUAAUGGAAUGAUUGAACGUUUUAAUGCAACAUUUGUUCCUCAAAUAGCCAAACUUCAAGAUCGUGAAAACAACAACUGGGGCGAAUUUUUGUUACUAGUAGUAUUUGCUUAUAAUACUAGCAUUCAUGCAACGACUAAUUAUUCACCAUUUCAACUGCAAUUUGGUCGUGAAUCAUGUCUACCCACUGAUGAAUUAUCAACAUCAAUCAUUUUCAAUAAACCAAAUGAUUAUUAUAAACAACUGAAAAAACGUUUGCUGAUAAUACAACGACAAGCACGUGCUAAUGUUAUUAGUCGACAACAACAAUAUAAAAAUAAUUAUGAUAAGCGACGUUCGGAUCCACAUUAUGAAAUUAAUGAUUCAGCAUUACCAUCAUCAUCUCAAACGAGUAACAACACAUUGAAAACAACUAUUAAUCAACAAUUGGUUACAAGUAUUAUAGAUGAUGAUAUUGAAUUUAUUUCUGAGGAUAAGUAUAAGAGCAUACCAGAUAUUCAAUGUAUUACCAAUAUUAUCAACAACGAUCCUUUAUAUGAAACAAUUUCCGAUGAUAAUCAUGAAACAAAUAUGAUACUACAAAUUGAUAACAAUGAUUUACGUGUCAACAACCACGAUAUGGUUGAUGAUGACCAAGAUCAUGAAUCACAUUUACCAAUGAAACGACGAUCAUGCCAUCAAAGACGAAUAAUUGAAGCUCGCAGGACGACGAAAUCGAAAACGAAACAAUGUUUUUCGAUCAAGACAUUAUCAUUAUUUUAUGACUCGUAG